AUCGGUGCUGUCGCUUCCGGUCCGGGUAAACGAACCUUAGGUACACUGGUGUGUGGCGUCCCAAGAUAGGCUUCUGAGGGCAAGUCAGCGAGUGAAGACGGGAGCGCCAGAAUCUGUGGACUCAAGAGUCUAGAAUCAAGUGGAAAAACCGGAAAAAAGGCCAGGAACCUGAAUACGACCUAAUAGCUGUUUCCGAGGGGGCAACUUCCACGGAGAACCUUCUGCCCUGGUAACGGCCAAAGAGGAGGAGAUGGCGCCAGUCAGGGAGCGGCCGUGGCCCAGACAGUGAGGAAGCGCGAAGGCGGAGCAACCGAGGAAUCCUCCGGAGAAGAAUCAGAGCCGUCGCUACCGCCACUACAGCCACCACCAUGGAAGGAGCAAAGCCGACAUUGCAGCUCGUGUACCAGGCAGUGCAGGCGCUUUACCACGACCCAGAUCCCAGCGGAAAGGAGCGCGCCUCAUUUUGGCUUGGGGAGCUGCAGCGUUCGCCUCUUUGAAAUGUGCUGCUAGUGGGAGCUGCAGCUUCCUCCUGCUGACUCUGAGCCCCAGGCUUCGGUUGAGAUGGUCCUUUCAGAAAUGUGGAGCUUAGUCCAAGCCUGGAUUUCAGUGGGUAGCACCUGGCAUCUGUGGCUAGAAAGUCCUAUGAAGUUUUUUUUAGGGUCUCACUCUCACCCAGGCUGGAGUGCGGUGGUGUAAUCUCGGCUCACUGCAACCUCUGCCUCCUGAGUUCAAGCUAUUUUCCUGUCUCAGCCUCCCGAGUAGCUAGGAUUGCAGGUUCAUGCAUGGGAGAUCUCGGACCAGUUGUUACAGAUCCGACAGGAUGUGGAGUCAUGCUAUUUUGCUGCACAGACCAUGAAAAUGAAGAUUCAGACCUCAUUUUAUGAGCUCCCCACAGACUCUCAUGCCUCUUUACGGGACUCAUUGCUAACCCAUAUCCAGAACUUGAAAGACUUGUCACCUGUCAUUGUAACGCAGCUGGCUUUAGCAAUAGCAGAUCUUGCCCUACAGAUGCCUUCCUGGAAGGGAUGUGUGCAAACACUGGUGGAAAAAUACAGCAAUGAUGUGACUUCUUUGCCUUUUUUGCUAGAGAUCCUUACAGUGUUACCUGAAGAAGUACAUAGUCGUUCCUUACGAAUUGGAGCUAAUCGGCGCACAGAAAUUAUAGAAGAUUUGGCCUUCUACUCUAGUACAGUAGUAUCUCUAUUGAUGACCUGUGUAGAAAAAGCAGGAACAGAUGAGAAAAUGCUUAUGAAGGUUUUUCGCUGUUUGGGAAGUUGGUUUAACUUGGGAGUUUUGGACAGUAACUUCAUGGCUAACAAUAAAUUACUAGCACUCCUUUUUGAGGUUUUGCAACAGGAUAAGACCUCGUCUAACCUACAUGAAGCUGCUUCGGACUGUGUAUGCUCAGCUCUCUAUGCCAUUGAGAAUGUGGAGACUAACUUGCCAUUAGCCAUGCAACUUUUUCAGGGAGUGCUGACAUUGGAGACUGCCUAUCAUAUGGCCGUGGCACGUGAAGAUUUAGACAAAGUUCUGAAUUACUGCCGUAUUUUCACUGAACUAUGUGAAACUUUUCUUGAAAAAAUUGUUUGUACUCCAGGCCAAGGUCUUGGGGACCUUCGAACUCUGGAGCUGCUGCUUAUCUGUGCAGGACAUCCUCAAUAUGAGGUAGUAGAAAUUUCAUUUAACUUUUGGUACCGACUGGGGGAACAUUUGUACAAAACUAACGAUGAAGUUAUUCAUGGCAUCUUCAAAGCUUACAUUCAGAGGCUGCUUCACGCCUUGGCUCGACACUGCCAGCUGGAACCAGACCAUGAGGGGGUUCCUGAGGAGACUGAUGACUUUGGGGAGUUUCGCAUGAGGGUAUCAGACCUGGUAAAGGACUUGAUUUUCUUGAUAGGGUCUAUGGAGUGUUUUGCUCAGUUAUAUUCUACUCUGAAAGAAGGCAACCCACCCUGGGAGGUGACAGAAGCGGUUCUCUUUAUCAUGGCUGCUAUAGCAAAGAGUGUUGAUCCGGAAAACAAUCCAACACUUGUGGAAGUCCUAGAAGGAGUUGUCCGCCUCCCGGAGACCGUACAUACGGCUGUGCGAUACACCAGCAUUGAAUUGGUUGGAGAGAUGAGUGAAGUCGUUGAUCGAAAUCCUCAGUUCCUUGACCCUGUGUUGGGCUAUUUGAUGAAAGGCCUGUGUGAAAAGCCCCUGGCUUCUGCUGCAGCCAAAGCCAUUCAUAACAUUUGCUCUGUCUGCCGAGAUCACAUGGCUCAGCACUUUAAUGGACUCCUGGAGAUUGCCCGCUCCCUCGAUUCCUUCCUGUUGUCUCCAGAAGCUGCUGUGGGCUUGCUAAAAGGGACAGCACUUGUCCUAGCCCGAUUACCUUUGGAUAAGAUUACCGAAUGUCUUAGUGAACUAUGUUCUGUUCAGGUUAUGGCAUUGAAAAAGCUGUUGUCUCAAGAGCCCAGCAAUGGCAUAUCCUCAGAUCCCACAGUGUUCUUAGAUCGCCUUGCAGUGAUAUUUAGGCAUACCAAUCCCAUUGUGGAAAAUGGACAGACUCAUCCGUGUCAGAAAGUCAUACAGGAAAUAUGGCCAGUUUUAUCCGAGACUCUAAAUAAGCACCGAGCUGAUAAUCGGAUUGUAGAGCGUUGUUGCAGGUGCCUGCGCUUUGCUGUUCGCUGUGUAGGCAAAGGAUCUGCAGCACUGCUGCAGCCACUAGUCACACAGAUGGUGAAUGUGUACCACGUACAUCAGCAUUCCUGCUUCCUGUACCUUGGCAGUAUCCUCGUGGAUGAAUAUGGCAUGGAAGAAGGCUGUCGGCAGGGACUGCUAGACAUGCUCCAGGCACUGUGCAUCCCCACCUUUCAGCUCCUAGAACAGCAGAAUGGUCUCCAGAAUCACCCUGACACUGUAGAUGACCUGUUCCGGCUAGCCACCAGGUUUAUUCAGCGUAGCCCUGUCACCUUGCUGCGGAGCCAAGUGGUCAUCCCUAUCUUACAGUGGGCCAUUGCCUCUACUACCCUGGACCACCGGGAUGCCAAUUGUAGUGUCAUGAGGUUUCUACGAGACCUCAUUCAUACAGGGGUAGCCAAUGAUCAUGAAGAAGACUUUGAAUUACGGAAAGAACUGAUUGGACAGGUGAUGAACCAGCUUGGACAGCAGCUUGUCAGCCAGCUGCUGCACACCUGCUGCUUUUGCCUCCCCCCCUAUACCCUACCAGAUGUGGCUGAAGUGCUCUGGGAGAUCAUGCAGGUUGACAGACCGACUUUUUGUCGAUGGUUAGAAAAUUCCUUAAAAGGUUUGCCAAAGGAAACAACCGUGGGAGCCGUCACAGUGACACACAAACAACUUACAGACUUCCACAAGCAAGUCACUAGUGCUGAGGAAUGUAAGCAAGUUUGCUGGGCCUUGCGAGACUUCACCAGGUUGUUUCGAUAGCUCACACUCCUGCACUGUGCCUGUCACCCAGGAAUGUCUUUUUUAAUUAGAAGACAGGAAGAAAACAAAAACCAGACUGUGUCCCACAAUCAGAAACCUCCGUUAUGGCAGAGGGGCCUUCACCGCCACCAGGGUGUCCCGCCAGACAGGGAGAGACUCCAGCCUUCUGAGGCCAUCCUGAGGAGUUCCUGUUUGGGGGUGUGAGGGAAAAUCAGCGCGGAUUUUAAAAAGAUGGCUGUGGCCUGCCCGGCAUGGUGGGAGGGGAGCUGGUUUCCUGGUGAACUUUCUAAAAGGAAAAAUAAUUUUAAGUAAAGAAAAAAGAAAAAAAAGGAAGACUAAACAGAAACCAGAACUGAAACAUUCACCUGGUAGCAAAUGACACAUGCACGCACACACACAUACACGCACAAGCGCCAGUGCGCACGUGUACACGGAAAAACAAAAGGACAAGCUUUCUGUGAAACAAAAUAUUUACUUAGGGAUAAUGUGGGGAUUCACAUGAAUUAAAUAGCUGCAAUUGGAAGAAGAGGGUCAGGGUCAUUUGUUCAGGUUUUCUAUUGUUUUGUCCUCUCUUUCCUCUCCUACCCUUCCUUCUCUUUCUCUCUCCCCUCCUUUUAAAUGCAAAUGAGUAGAAAUUUCUUCUACCUUCCCCAGCUGUUUCUUCCCACCUUUAGAGUUGUUUAGACAAGGAGGAGUAAGCAAGGAACUUGUUCUGCUUUCUAUCGUGGUCACAUUGGUGAUGCUCAGGACCUGCCAGGGUCAGAAUUUAUGGAUAUCUGAACCCUGACCCCGUUCAUUCUCUCAGUCCACUUCCAAUCCACAUCAGAUUGUUGUCUGCCUUGGAGAGAAGAGCCAAAACUGGGGUGGGCGGGUGGGUGGGGAGUGCAGGAUAUAAAUGUGUAAGUUUUUGUUUUUUAAGGUUUUUUUCUUAGUGAAUUAUUCACCCACAGACAUGAGAGAAAAAAAGAGGGAGGGUGUGUGGAGAAAAAAUGUUUACAGGGCUAACAAGGGAUGAUGUGUCAUUUAGUAUUUUACUAAAAAGUGUGGAAAUGACUUGAUUUUAAGGAGAGGGUGAGGCCGAAGAGGGAAGCCCAAAGCAGAUCUUAAUGUUUCAAAGGAGUGCAGCCCUUCACAGCCAUCAGAUAUGAGGGCACUGUUCUGUCUGGUGUUGUAGCCAUCUCAAGAACAAAUCAACAGCAACAAAGAGAAAGAAUAAAUUUUUAAAAUUUAA